AUGGUUAAACGAGAUGUUGAUGGACGUUCAUACAGUGAGAGCACCGGGCUUGAAAUCAUCCGGAAAGAUGUCGUAGACUAUAUAAAGAGGAGAGAUGGAGGACUGGAGAGCAAUCCAACGGAUAUUAUGCUGUCUGCUGGAGCCAGCGAGGCCAUUAGAAUUGUACUUCGGAUGCUGGUAUCUGGAGAAGGCAAAGAGAAGACCGGUGUCAUGAUCCCCAUUCCACAGUAUCCCUUGUAUUCAGCUUCAUUAGCAGAGAUCAAUGCAAGACAGAUCAAUUAUUAUCUCGAUGAAGACAACGCAUGGGGUCUUGACAUGACCGAGCUUCAAAGGUCGAUAGAUGAAGCACGGAAGCACUGCACACCUAGAGCUAUAGUAAUCAUCAACCCAGGAAACCCUACAGGCCAAGUACUUAGCCGGCAAAAUAUAGAAGACGUCAUCAAAUUUGCGUACAAGGAGAAUCUCUUUAUAUUGGCUGAUGAGGUGUAUCAAGACAAUGUAUAUGCUGCUGGUAGUAAGUUCUAUUCCUUCAAGAAAGUACUCCAUGACCUAGGACCUGACUACGCAGGACAGGAACUCGCGUCUUUCAUGUCAACGUCAAAGGGAUACAUGGGAGAGUGUGGAUUAAGAGGUGGAUAUUGUGAACUAGUAAACAUUGAUCCUGAUGUACAAGCACAACUCUUCAAAGCCUGCACAGCAAAGCUUUGCCCAACAGUUAGCGGGCAGGCUGUAAUGGAUGUGGUGGUGAACCCUCCACGUGAAGGAGAGGAAUCAUAUGAGUCAUUUCAAAAGGAAAAGAAGCAUGUCCUGGAUACUUUAGCAUUGAAAGCCAAGGUAGUUGCAGAUGGAUUUAACUCCCUUGAAGGUGUGAAGUGCAAUGCUGUUAUGGGAGCUAUGUACUCUUUUCCAAGUAUAUCACUGCCAAAGAAAGCGAUAGAGAAGGCAAAGGAGUUGGGUAAGCAGCCUGAUUUAUUCUACGCUGAACACUUCUUGGAGGAGGCUGGUGUUUGCGUGGUACCCGGUAGCGGUUUUGGCCAAAGAGAAGGAACUUAUCACUUCAGAAUGACGAUUUUACCAUCCGUUGAGCUGAUCCACGACGUCAUGGAAAGAUUUAAAUCUUUUCACACAAGGUUCAUGGAAAAGUAUGGCGACAGUGAAUCUGUGAAUGCCAAGAUGUGAACGAACUCUGAAAUAUAUUGAUCAAUUCAGCGGUUUCUGAUACUUGCCAAGACAUUGAUUUUAACAUGGGCAAUAAUUUUAUUAACUCGUGACAUGCCAGAGAGAUGCAAGCUCUGUGGGAUUUAUAUGUUUUGUGAGAUGGCAGUUGAUGGCAUGUUUAGAGUUGAUAGGUGAAAGGUCACAGGAGCACUUCUAUCGAAUCAGAACAAAAAUGAGAGGAAAAUGGGAAUUUAUCUUUGAAUUCAGCUAUGCAGACGAGCAAAGGGACUUAAAGGGACUUGUUGGAAGAAUGUUAACGCAUCUGCAGAAACCCAAACAGGAUUGUUGCUUUCCUAAACAGAAGGUCACAACAUUUUGAUUGACAUCUUCAACUGAAAACUGUAAAUGUGAGGUUUGAAAUAACAUAGGGCCCCUUUUGUAUGGAUUUAAAGAUUACAGAGAUGUUAACAAACUUGGUGGUUUCAUAUUUUUUUGUCUGCUGUCACAGGCAUUUAGGCUUUGAAAGGCUAACAUCGCAUCUUUAUGUUGAGAACAAUGGACAUAUCUUGGCUGAUACUCUAAUUUAUUUGCUCCAACUAAAUAUGAUGGAUUUAAUCUAUCUUUGUGAUGCUUAAAAGGCAUUAACCUAAAUAUAAAAUGAUAUACAUCUUGAAGGUUAUUAAUCUUGUACUGUAACAAAGGCCAAAGAACUUCUUACACUUAUAUAAUGCAAGGUUGUACAUCACACUUAUUACACUUACUUCGCACCACCACUGUGCUACAGGUAUAUCAGGGGAUACAGUUCUUGUGUAAUUCAAAUCACCAUAUCACAGAAUAGCGAUAUCCCCAUUGGACAUGUGUGCGUAAUAAUUGCAUGCACCCGUAAUGGUAAUGGUCUUGUGCAGUCCAGUACGACUUUCUAUGGGAUGUCUAAUGGCACUAGCAUACAUUGCUUAUGUAUGAUGUUAUACACAGAAAAUAUUUCUUUUUUUAGGUGUAUGAAGUCAAAGGCCCGUAUUCUGAAGUCCGGUUUAAUUUAGACCAUGGUCUAACUCUGCUCAAAUUAUGGAAAUCCAAAAAUAAGA